AUGGCCUUCUUUCCGCGCAACUUCUACAACCCCGACGCCUCCUUUGCGCCGCUCUUCCGCCUUCUCGACGAGUUCGACGCCUACUCUCGUCCGACCAAUGGAACCGGGGCUCAACGCCGAUCCGCGCUCCCCAUCUGGCAGCCCAAGUUCGACGUUCGCGAGACACGUGAACGAUAUGAGCUUCACGGCGAGCUCCCUGGAGUGAGCAAGGAGCAGGUUCAGAUUGAGUUCACUGAACCGCAGACCAUGGUGGUGCGUGGCCGCGUGGAGCGAUCCUAUACGACGGGUGCUGCCCCUGGUGGAUUGCUCGGCGAUGCUCCUGCAACAAAAGCCAUCGCCGAAGGCGGCGAUGAGCAGGCGAGCGCAUCACGCCACGCCACUGUCGAGGAUGACGGGGAAUCGGCCAAGAGCCCUUCCACCGAGGUUACCAACCAGAAGACUGAGGCUCCUUCGAAAGAACCGGCCGACGCAGCCAAGUACUGGCUCUCGGAGCGCAGCGUGGGAGAAUUCUCCCGCACCUUCAGCUUCCCCGGCAGUAUUGACCAGGACUCUGUUACCGCGAGCUUCAAGGACGGCAUCCUGAGCAUUGCCGUCCCCAAGGCGAAGCGGCAGGGGUCACGCCACGUCACCAUCAACUGA